UUGUAUUAUUUAAUCGAUUCCAAAUUGGAUAUGAGGCUUUAGAGCAUUCUAUGGAAAAGAUAAGACUUAAAAAGUUUAUUAUUUCAACUUUUUUUAUGUCUACCUAUUGAUAUUAUUUUUUUUAUUACCGAAAUCAUUUCACAAUAAAUUUGUGCAAACAUUAUGGUAUUAUUUCAUUGAAUGAUCUUUACAAAACACUUAAAUAUUUAUGGAUAAAAAUCAAUAAAACAACUUUUUUAAUUCUGCUUAUAGUUCUAUGACCUUAGAUCAAAAAAGAGCAUUUGUAGGAAAUAAUUUAUGAAGUUCUUUCCUUCACAUGAGUUUUUCUUUAUAGGGUCAGGAUUGAGAAUCAAAAUACUUCCCACCUCUCUGAUGGAUGAAACAUCCCCUAAUUUCCGAAAAACUUCCUCUCUCCCCACAUUUAACACAUUGAUCGGACGGAAAUAAUGAAUAGGAAUGAAAAUACUCCUCAUGUUUCAUGUGGAUGUUCCAUCCACCAGACAAGUUGGAACUCUUUUGAUUCUUAUUCCUGACCUUAAAAAGAAAACUUCCUGUGAAGGGUAAAACUUUAUAAAUUAUUUCUCCCAAAACCCUAAAGUCAUGAGAUUAACCCAAGAUCCUCCUUAGGUUAUAAAGGUACAGAUUCGUAUUAAUUUAUUUAUUUUUUUAAACAAAGAUAUAUCAAGAGUGAACAAAUUGACAAUUUUCUAAUUCAUCAAAGUUGUAGAAAUAUUAUAAAUACAUUUUUAAAUUUCUAAUACAAAUUUUAAAAAAAUAUUGUAAUUAAUUAGUAGUCAUGAUUACCAUGCUGUGGCUAUAAAUAUAUAAAGGCCAUUCCCUAUCCUCCACUUUUACAUUCCAUCCCUGUUCAGCCAUCACUCACUUUUCAUCCAUUCAGCCAUUAGUUUAUAAUUACAUUAUAAUUUUAGCAAAUACGCAAAUAAUUAAUCAAUUUAUCAAAAAUUUGUAACUUGGUAUGAACCGAUAAGUAAAUAAGUUCGAUAAGUCCAGUUCUCUGUUUGGUUUGACAAAUUGUCAUAUUUUGGAAACAAAUAUACUCACCGUUCAAUAUCGCCAAUAUGUCAUUGGUCAAUUUUGCCAAUAUAUUCACUCUUCUCUCUAUUUUAUUUCUACAUUCUGUUGAUAUUAUGAUUUCAGAUACUCCUAGAAUUCUCAAUUUUACUGAGGCCCUUCAAACAAGACAGCAGUGGUCUAAAUCCAACUCAGAAACACCUUGCCAACUGUCCAUCGAUCGCCCAGCAAAAUACAUCGUCAUUGGCCAUACUGUUACAUUACCAUGCCGUAGUCGACUUGCUUGUGAAACUACAGUUACACUAAUACAAAAUGAUCACAAAGGUCGUGGUCGGUGCGAUAUUUCUUAUAAUUUUGUGAUUGGUGAUGACGGCUACAUUUACGAAGGACGGGGGUGGACUAAACUUGGUACAAAAACUAUAAGUUUCAGUUGCUCCAGCCUUGGUAUUGGAUUGGUUGGAAACUUCAACCUGAACGAACCAUCAGACAUAAUGAUAAACUCAUUGAACCUUCUGCUGGAAGAAGGUGUCCGUUUAGGUCACAUUUCCUCAACUUAUAAACUCUUAGCUCAUUCACAAAUAACCAACUGGGCUAGCCCCGGAAUUCAUGUUGAAGAAUUAAUAAAGAAGUGGGAUCAUUGGUCUUUAUUGACUAAAGAAGACUUUAAAUAUGUCAUAUACUCACUGAACUACACAUUGAAACUUAGGACAAGAUAUAAUUGGUCCCAGUUCAGAACUAAACUCCAAGAUUGUGACCCCCUCACUGUACGUCCAGCUAAAUUUGUGGUAGUGGGUCAUACAGUCUCCGGAAAUUGUGAAACUCCGGCAGAAUGUGAAAGGAUAAUGACUACCAUUCAAAGCUAUCACAUUAGGAAAGGCUUUUGUGACAUCGGCUACAACUUCCUGAUUGGGGAUGAUGGUUACAUUUACGAAGGAAGGGGUUGGGGUAUCUAUGGCGCCCAUACCAUAGGCUUUAACUGUGAUAGCGUUGGCAUUGGUUUAAUUGGUAAUUUCAACAAGAAUAUCCCAUCCUCUGAUAUGUUUGACAUGUUAAAACUUCUUAUAGAGGAAGGUUUGAGAAUAAAUGAAAUCUCAAAACAGUACAAACUACUAUUCCAGUCACAGAUUAACGAAAAGCCUAGCCCUGGAGGUAAUGUUGAAAAAGUGCUGAAGAAUUGGGACCAUUGGUCCAAUGUAACAACAGAAGAUAGGCAGAUAUGUAAAAAGAAAUCUAUCCCCUGAAUCUUUACAACAAAUUUUGUGGAAUCAGAAAAAUGAGAUUCCUCAAAUUAUUUGUACACAUUAUUGUAUGUGUUAUAUUCUAAAUCAGAUAUUAGAAUUUAUUUUUAUUGUUAAUUUGAUUUAGCUAUUUCGCUUAUUGUUAAGUAUUUGUUAAUAUAUUUGUUAUAUAUUUUAAUAAUUUAUAUAUUUGUUAUAAAUAUUUUACUAUGUAUAUGUAGGUAUGAAAUAUGUACAUUUUUUUUGUAUUGUAUUAUUAUAAAUAUUUGUAAAAUUUUCUAGUCUUUUUACUUGUUUUAAAAAUUAAAGUUUUCACCAAAGAAACAUUUUUCCAGCAUUAUUACCAGCCAAGUCAGUCUUUUUUUUUUCCAAAUUAAAAUUUUUUAAUUUUUCAUACAUUCAUACUUAAUAAGACAAUUAGUGAUUAGACUUAUUAAAAUUCAUGUAAUGAUGGCAUGUUUUAAUUUCAAUUCUUUUAGUUUGUGAAAUAAUAUAGAUGUGUUAGAGAGAA